AUGGAAGAGAAAUGGUCGUAUUUCAGUUUGAAACCGCAUUUAAGGAAUUUGCGCUUCGGUGGUUACUGUGCAUUAGAUCCCAGUACACCACCGAGACGUUUAUAUGCACACAAAAUGUACAUGCGUUUUGUAUUAUUCGCUUCCAUCAUUUUCAUGAUCCAACAUGCUAUUAAAAUCUAUGAAGUGCGUAAUGAUAUGAACACAUUGAUGGACACGAUGUGUUUAUUGUUGACUUAUUUUGGUUCUAUUUAUAAACAAAUCGUAAUGCUUUUCAAAGCUGAUGAAGUGCAAGCACUUUUAAACACAAUGAAAGGAGAUUUAUUUAACCAACCUGAAGAAGAACACCAUAAGCUGCUGAAAGACACAGCACGAGAAGCUAAAAUACUUGUAAAUGUCUACAGUCUAACAUCAGCCGUUACUUGUUUUCUAAUGGCUUUGGAUUUACACAUUUUACAUGUUCAAGGCAAGCCGGUUGAAUUUUCUAUUUGGCUCCCUUUUGAACCGAAUACAAAAUUAAAAUUUUUCUCAAAAAUUGAAGCAACAUACGGCGGUGCUGUAUUUUCUCAGUUUUUGUUCGAUUCAUGGAUUCUGUGCACUACUGCCUACAGAUUUGUUGAAAUUGAUAAAACAUCAUUAGGUUGUUUUACAAUAUCAUUAUUUCUAAUGUGCAUAUUUGCGGAAUUAUUUUUGUUUUGCUUCUAUGGCAGUAAGCUAACGGACGCAAGUGAAAAGUUAAUGGAUUCUGCGUAUUUUUUGGACUGGGUAGAAAUACCAAUGAAAUAUAGAAGGGAUCUAAUGUUAUUUAUGGAAAUGAUAAAGAAGCCGAUAAUGCCUACAGCGGGAUCUAUAGCGCCGCUUGCAAACACUACUUUUGUUGCAAUUGUUAAAAGUUCUUACUCUUUCUACGCAUUUCUAAAAAAUACGGAAAAUUAA